AUGACUGCGAACACGAGAUACAGGAGCCGGGUGCUCCGCUCGGAAGAAGAGGGACAUGAAAAGGAGUAUGUUGGAUUUGCAACUUUGCCCAACCAAGUGCACCGGAAGUCGGUGAAGAAAGGCUUUGAUUUCACCCUCCUGGUGGCCGGGGAGUCUGGUCUGGGUAAAUCCACGCUGGUCAACAGUCUGUUCCUCACUGACCUCCACAAGGACAGGAAGCUGCUGAACGCAGAAGAGCGCAUCAGCCAGACGGUGGAGAUCACCAAGCACACGGUGGACAUCGAGGAGAAGGGCGUCAAGCUGAAGCUCACCAUCGUCGACACGCCCGGCUUCGGAGACGCAGUCAACAACACUGAGUGCUGGAGGACCAUCGAGGGCUACAUCGACCACCAGUUUGAGCAGUACUUCAGAGACGAGAGUGGGCUCAACCGGAAGAACAUCCAGGACAACCGGGUCCACUGCUGCCUCUACUUCAUCCCACCCUUUGGUCACGGGCUCCGUCCGGUGGACAUUGAGUUCAUGAAGGCCCUGCAGGAGAAGGUGAACGUGGUUCCUCUCAUCUCCAAGGCCGACUGCCUGACGCCCGGGGAAAUCAAGAAGCUCAAGGAGCGGUUGAGGGAGGAAAUAGAGAAGCACGGGAUCAAGAUCUACCAGUUCCCUGACUGUGACUCGGAUGAAGACGAGGAGUUCAAACAGAAAGACAAGGAGCUAAAGGAGAGCACUCCGUUUGCGGUGAUUGGCAGCAAUGCCGUGGUGGAGGUGAAAGGCCAGCGAGUAAGAGGACGGCUGUACCCAUGGGGCAUCGUGGAGGUGGAGAACCAGGCCCACUGUGACUUUGUGAAGCUGAGGACAAUGCUGAUCAGGACCCACAUGAACGACCUGAAGGAGGUGACCUGUGACGUGCACUAUGAGAACUACAGGGCCCAGUGCAUCCAGACCAUGACCAGCAAAGUGAAUGCAGAGAACAGGGUUGAAAGCCCCAUCCCUCUGUUCCCCAUGCCCACACCGGAUGCGGACACCGAGAAACUCAUCAAGAUGAAGGACGAAGAAUUGAGGAGAAUGCAACAAAUGCUUCAGAAGAUGCAGCAGCAGAUGCAUGAGCAGGACCUGUGA